AUGAAAUCUUGUGUAUUCUUUUGCUUGUUAUUGAUAGCAUAAUGUUAUUUAGUAAAUCAAAGUGAUAAAUGCAAUACAUGCAAUUAAUUAAAAUCAUAGAUGGAUUGUGAAAAUGGGAAAUAGGAUCUAAAUUUAUGUGAAUGGAUUAGUGAUUCUAAUAUCAACAAUGGAAAAUGUUAAUAAAAAAUAGAUUUGUAAAAUCCUAAUAUUUCUUAUACAUCUUAUUGUGAUUUGGUAAUAUAAAAAGAAAUAAAUUGUCGUUUAACAUAUGGUUGUGCUUAUAUAAAUAAAAAAUGUAUAAUCUUUGCUGGUUGUUCAGCCUAUGGAUAUUAAAGAACAUUUGAUUGUUAGGCAAUCUCAUAUUAAUGUAUAAGCGAUGGAAAAUCAUGCAUAAAUAUAAAGGAAUGUAAAGAUUAUACUGAAGACAAAUGUAAUGUUACACCAAGUUUAUCCGGUAAAAAAAUAUGUAAGUGGGAUUAAAUAGAAAAGAUUUGCAAAGAUUAUAAAUGUUCUGAAAGUGAUGAUAGUCUAAAAACUGAUGAAUAAUGUGAUUAAUGGUUAAAAGGAUGUAUAACAAGAGGAAUGGGUUGUUGGGAUUCACCAUUGCCUCCUUGUUCAAAUUAUAAAGGGAAUGAGAAAAGUUGUAAUUAAUAUUUUGGUUAAGAUGGUUAUUGUGAAAAAGGAUUAGAUGAAAUGUGUUAAGCCAAGAAAUGUGAAAAUGCCUCUUAAGAAUUUAAUACUGACUCUGAUUGUUAAAGAUAUUAGAAAGGUUGCAUAACAAAUGGAAAGGGAUGCAUAUUUGCUUAAAUAAGACCUUUAUGUUCAACCUAUUUUGGAGAUAGUUAUACAUGCUAAGGUUAUAUUGGAUCAGAUGGAUAAUGUGAAGGAGAUCAAGCUGGGACUAUAUGUAGAGCCAAAAGAUGUGAAAAUUCUCCAAAUUAUACUACAGAUGAAUUAUGUAAAGAAUAUUAGUCUAAUUGUAUUACAAAUGGUGUUGGUUGUGUUUAAAAUUUAUAACCUUGUAGUAGUUAUAAAGGAAAUAUUAAAUUAUGUUUUGCUUAUAAAGGAAGUGAUGGUUAUUGUAAAGGUGAUGAAAAAGAGAAAGAUAGUCAUAAAUAAUGUAUGGUUAGAGUUUGUAAUGAAGCACCAACUAAUUUGUAUACAGAUGAAGAAUGCAACGCAUAUUAGAUAGGUUGUGUCACCACUGGAUUUGGAUGUAUAAAUAAAAUAGAUAGGAAAUCAUGUACAAGUUAUUUAGGAGAUUCUGAAAAAUGCUUAAGAUUUGUAGGUAUUGAGGGGAAUUGUAUGUGGUUAAGUGGUAAUUACUGUACAUCUAGAGAAUGUUAAUUAGCUCCUGUUAAUUAGAUGUGUAAUAGUUGGAUGAAAAAUUGUGUAAGUACUGGUAAAGGAUGCAUAAUGAAGAGAGAAUGCUAAUAGACAAUUAAUCAAAUAAGUUGUGAAGGUACUGAAGGUUGUUUUUGGUAAUCUACAUGCAAUGAUAAUUCUGAUUGUUUUUAAUUUAAGAGAGAAUCUAUUUGUAGAUCUACUUAUGCUAAGAAAGUUAUAAAUGGAAUACUUAAUACAAUAAAAUGCAAAUGGACAUAAGAUGGAUGUAGAUAAUUAAAUUGUUAUGAUUUGAUAGGAUAGGAAUAUAAAGAUGAUAUUAAUUGUUAAAAUGAAAUAUCAUAUUGUAUUAGUGAUAAGAAAAACUCAUGCAUUACUAAAUAUGAUUGUUCUAAAUUAUAUGGUAAUAAGUAAACAUGUCUUGAUUAUCUUGGAUAUUGUAUAAAUGAUGAAUUUGCAGAUGAUAAAACACCUUGUAUUUUAAGAUAAUGUAAAGAUAAUGUUGAAUUAACAAGUAAUUAAGAAUGUAAUAAUUUCUUACCAGGAUGUGUUAGUAAUGGAAGAGGUUGUGUUGAAUAUGGAACUGAAUGUUCUUAAAUGUAAGGUGAUUAAAAUAUGUGUAAUUAAUUCUUUGGAUAUUUAAGUGGAUCUUCUUUAAAUUUUACAACUAUUUAAUGUUAUAAUCAUAAAUUUGCUAAUUCAUAGACUUAUUGUUAAAUAAAGACUUGUAAUAUGGCAGAAGAUUUAGAAAAUGAUAAUUAAUGUCAAGAAUUUUUAAAUGGUUGUUUUUAUAAUGGAAAUGGAGGAUGUAUAGAUCCAUAAUAGGCUACUUGUGAAUCUUAUUAUGGUGAUGAAUUAUUUUGUGAAUAAGUAAUUGUUGGACAAAAUUAAAAAAAAUAUUGUUUUGGGACUUCAAACAAAGGAUAGUGUAUGAAAAGAGAAUGUUGGCAUAUUUCUAGAGCAUAAACAAAUUCAGAAUGUGAAUUAUUUCGUUAAGGUUGUUUAUUAAUGAAUUUAAAUUGUGUUGAUUAAACUAGUAUAACAUGUUAAGAUUAAUCAGGAACUUAAGAAACCUGUUCAUAUUAUUAUGGAGGAAUCUAAAUUAAUAAUUAAUGGAAUAAAAUUUAAUGUCUUAAAAAAGUAUAUUGUUAAGAAAGAUAAUGUGAAGAUGUUGAAAAUCCUAAUAAUCCUUAAGAAUGCACAAACUAUAAAUCAACUUGUAGAUUUUUUUAAAAAGGUUAUCCAUGUAUUAGAGCUAAUAAUUGUGAUAAGUAUUAAAUUCCAGACUCUGCUAACACAAACCAAUUAAAAUUUGAUUAUUGUAAUAACAUAAAAGAUCAAAUGGGAUUAUAUUGUGGCUGGAAUGAAGGUUUUUUUUGUUCUACAAGAGAUUGUAAUCAAAUAUAAUAUGGAUAUAGUUCUAAUUGUUCUUAAUUCAUUCAGGAAGGUAAAACUACAGGAAAUGGAAUAUGCAAAUUAGCUGGAUCAAUUUGUUAUGCUCCAAGAAGUGAUUGUUAUUAUUCUAUACCAAUAAAUCUCAUAAAUAAUCAAUAAAAGUAUAAUCACUGUAUAUAAUUUCAAAAUGAUAAAGGAAUAAAUUGCACUUAUGCCAUUAAUGAUUCAACUUGUAGUUCAUAAGAUACCUGUGAAAAAGUAAUUAAUUCUCAAGAUGCAAAAACUUGCAAUGACUUUUUGGGAUUUAAUAGUCUAUGUUAAAAGGGUAAGAAUUCUAAUUGUUAUACUACAUCUUCAAAUUGCUUUAAUUAUUAAUUACCUCCUCUUUAUACUUAUACUUAAAAAUUGGAUGUCUGUCUUAGUUUGAAAAUUUUAGAUGGAUCUUUUCUACCAACUAUUGGUUAUAAAUCUUGUACAUAUAUUGAUGGAUAGACCUGUUCAAAUAUUACUUAAUGUUAGGACAUUAAAAAUGCUUCCUCUUAGAAGGAUUGCAAUGAACAUCUUACGGGUUGUCUCUAUUUCUAAAAUGAAUGCUAUUCUUAAGUUACAUCAUGUGAUGAAUUAUUAUUCCCAUCUGGAAUCACAUCUGACUCUAUGAAAUCUCUGUUUUGUAAUAGUAUGAAAAAUAAUGCUUCAUCAUACUGUUCACUCAAAUACGAUAAGAAUGGAUGUGAAGAUAGUCCUUAUAGUGAUUGUAGUUAAAUUGUAUCCAUUCCAACAUUUUGGGAUGGAUAAAUAACAAAUUUUGAUAAGUUUUGUUUAGCUCAUACUGAUAAAACCAAAAGUAUCUAAUGUAUUAAUGAUAAUGGAUUAUAAUGUAAAGCAGGAACUUGUGAAGAUAUACCAACACCUCUUGAUUAAAAUGAUUGCGAUAAUCAUAUUAAUGGAUGCAUAUUUUACUUUAAAAAAUGUAGAACAUCUGUUGAUUUGAUAGCUGCUGAUAAUUGUAGUGACACUUCUAAAGUUCCAUUUCCUCAGGAUAUAAUUGAAUUAUCGAAUAAUGAUAAAAUUCAAUAUUGUGAAUUAUUCAAGAACAAUGUUAACAACAUCAAAUGUACAUAUGAUCAAUUCAAUGGUAUUUAAAAUAAUUGUACAUCUGUUAAUGCAGCUUGUACCAGUUAUUCAAUACCAAAUGAAAUAAUAGAUAAACAGCUAUUUUGUUAAAGUAAAAAGAAUAUUUUUGGAUUUCAUUGUAAAUAUAAUGAAACUGAAGAACAUUGUAAUGAUUAAAAUUGUUCAGAUGCAAUAAACCCAAAAUCUCAAUUAGAUUGUGACACUUUGGUAUUUCAGAAUAAAUGUAAAUAUUUGUUAGGUACUUGUUAUCAUUAUGAAAAUACUUGUAGUCAAAUACCUGCUUUAAAGGAAAACUCAAAAAUAUAUUGUGAAAAACUUGUUAUUCAAACCAAAUAAUGUACAUAUAUAGGAGGUGAUUACUGUAUCGAAGUAAAUAAUUGUGAAUAAUAUAAUGUUGAAAGUGUGACUAAUAAAUUGGCAAUAUGUAAUUAAUUGUUAGAUUAUUCUUAUCAGAGCUGCACUUAUCUUUGGGGUAAUUAUUGUGUCAAUUAAAGAGCUUGUGAAGAUUAUGAUGGUAAUAUAGAUAGCCUGAAGGGACCAUAAUAAGGUUUUGAAGAUUUAUAAUGUUAUAGUGUUUAAUCAAUAUUAAAUAAUCGGUGUGUUAAAGAUCAAUAUCAAAGUAGAAAAUGUAGAUCUUAAGUGUGUGAAGAUAUUUCAGAUGAAAAUAAUUGUUUAAAUGAUGUAUUAGGAUGUUUUUAUUACAAUUUAAAAUGUUUAACAAAAAAGGAAUGUUAUUAAUAUUCACCAAUAGGACAUAGCUAAGAAUAAUAAUAGUAGUGGUGUGAAGGAGUACAAAGUAUAAAUGGAUCGUAUUGUAGGUGGAAUGGAACAGGAUGUUCAAAUAGAAAUUGUAGUGAUGUUUAAUAUUAUACAGAUUUUGAUUGUUAAAAUUAUCUUUCUAAUUGUAAAACAGAUGGAAUGAAAUGUAUUGAAUAGAGUUUAAGUUGUAAUUAGAUGAAGGCAAUUAAAUAAUUAUGUGGAAGACUUUUAGAUAAAAAUGGAAAAGACAAAUGUAAAUCUGAUGAACAAAAUGAUAUUUUUGGAAAGUGUGAUAAUAGAACUUGUUAUGAUAAUAUAUAUGCUUAAUCUGAUACUGAAUGCAAUGAAUUUAUGAAUGGGUGUGUUACUAAAGGAUAAGGAUGUAUACCAAAUACUGAACCUUGUACAUCCUAUAGAGGUACUAAGAUAGAAUGUGAAUAAUACAAAUAGUUAAUAAAUAAUGAAUAUGUAUAUUGUUCAGGAUAUUAAUCAAAUCAAUCAUUUAGUAAAUGUAAAGUGAGAAGUUGUUCAGAUAAUACUACAGCAAUUUCAGAUUAGUAAUGUUCAUAGUUUUUAAAAGGAUGCAAAACAAAAGGGGAAGGAUGUAUUUAAGAAUCAGCAUUAUGUUCAGAAUAUCAAGGAAAUUAAGCUAUUUGUUAAAAAUUUAAAGGAAAUUAUGGUUAGGAUCAUUGUUUCAGUACUUCAAUAUCAGUAAUAUAUACACCCUGUAGAAAAUUAGAAUGUAGAGAUAUCCAAGGUGUAGAUAAUUCAUCAUGUAAUGAGAGAUUUGAGUCAAUCACUUGUGUAUUUGAUGGAUUAAAGUGUAUUAAUUAUGGAAUGAAGUGUUCUGAAUUUAAAGGUAAUUAUAUUACUUGUUCCAAAUAUAUUGCUAUUGAUGGACCAUGUAAAGCAACACUAAUGGAUGAAUUCAUAAUUAGUAAUUGCACACCACGUUUAUGCAAUGAAGCACCUAACACAUUAAAAACUGAUUAAGAAUGUUAGAUUUAUCAUCCAUCAUGUUAUACUACUGGCUAUGGAUGUACAUCUAUUAAAUAAUGUGAUAAUUUGAUUACUUAAGCUGCUUGUUAAGAAAAAUAAGAAUGUUCAUGGACUCAUUUUUGUAAUUAAUAAUAUAAAAGCUGUGACUCAAUUAAAAAUGCUAGCUAUUCUAUUUGUUUUAACUCAAAGAUAUAAAAUUAAACAUGUGCAUUCACUGAAAAUACUAGUUAAUGUCGUUCUUAAACUUGUGAUGAUUUACCUAAUUACAUUACAUCUCAUAGUUUAUGUAAUUAACUGAAUCCCAAAUGUACAACUAAUGGAAUGGGUUGUAUAACUUUUGGUUAAUGUUCUUCUUAUAGAACUGCUUCUAUUUGUCUUUAUGCUUAAGGAGUGUAAAAAUGUAUUUGGGAUGAAACAGAAAAAGGAUGUAGAGAUAUUAGAUGUUCUGAUUUUAAUGGCAGAACUGAUGUUGAGUGUGAAUAAUAAAUGAGUGGAUGUAUAACUAAUGGUAAUACUUGUAUUUUUGGAGACUCUUGUGAUGAAUAUAUUAACUAAAAUUACUGUAUUCAAUCUAAAAAGGGACCCUGUUUAUGGAUUUAGAAUUCAUGUAUUAAUUAUUCUAAAUGUGAGGAUGCUAAAUUUAAAACUUUUUAAGAAUGUUAAUUAGUAUCACCUUUUUGUACAUCUAACGGAUUAAAUUGUAUUCCACUUACUUUUUGUGAUCAAUAUCAAAAUCUAGAAUCCUGUGUAUUUGGAUUGGAGAAAUUAUGUGGAUGGAAUGAAAAAUGCUAACCCUUUAAAGCCUGUUCAGAUUUAAAAUCUCCAGAUAAUAAUGUUUGUAAAUUAUAUCAUAAUGAUUGUGUAUCUGAUGGAUAAAAAUGUAUUUAAGUAGUUUAAAAAUGUUCUAUGUAUCUAACAUCAUAAGCAUGUAUUAAUCCAUCCUAAGAAGAAACUUGUAUUUGGAAUUAAAUAACAAAAACUUGUAAAUCAAUUACAUGUGAAGAUUAUCAAUAUAAAACGCAUUAUGAAUGUUAACAAACAAAAAAUUAAUGUACUACUAAUGGAACUACUUGCAUUCCCUUAUAAAAAUGCUCUAACUAUGGAGAAACUUCAUGUUAUUAAGGAAUAGAUGGUCUAUGUAUUUUUAGUUUUCCAUUAGAAGGAAAGACUCCAAUUAAAUUGUGUAGACCAAAGGAAUGUCAAGAUGUUUACAAUGCAUAAAAUAAUCAAAGCUGUUAAAAUAUCUUACCAGGUAAAUAAUGUGUUUCUAAUGGUACUCAUUGUAUUCCUAAAGCAUAAUGUAGUACUUACUAAACUCUUACAGCUUGUUAAGGGGGAGGUAUUGAUGGUAAAAAACCAACCAUUUGUGCAUUCACCCCAAAAGAAAUUAACUCAUAAAAUGGUACUUGUAAAACAUUUUCUUAAUGUGCAGAUGCAGAUAAAGAUGAAUUUACAUGUAAAAGUAAUCCAUCUUGUUAUUGGAAUAUAAAUAAAUGUGUUGAUUAAACUUGUGAAACCUUUUCAUCUGGCUUAAAUUGUAACCCUAUACCAAGUUUCGAUGGUACUAAAUAUACAAUAUGCUUAUUCGAAAAUGGAAAGUGUUAAACUAAUGAUCCUAAGACUAUAUCAGAAUCUAAAGCUUGCUUUAUUAAAUCAGCAUACACACACACUUGGAAUUCCAUGACAAAUCAAUGUGAAGCAUGCUUUCAUUCAACAACUCCUUAAAAUCCAGGUUCAACUAACAUAGAUGUUAUAUUAUCUGUAUUUGUAACGGCAAUCUUGAUUGUUUGA